UCAGCCCUAAUUCAAAUCAGACGCCGUCUCGCUGCCUUCACUCACAGUCUCACUCAGGCGCCUCCUCUCUCUUCUCUUACCUUCGGCGACUAACGAUCUCCGACUACCCACCACCAAGAAGACGACGUUGCCUUCUUUCCCUCUCUCGCUGAUAGCUGACCAGUGACCAGAGCACAGUGGGGUGUGGAUACUUGAGACCUGAGUAGAAGAGACAGAGAUGGCGAGAGCGAAGUUGUUUUCGGUGACACUUCUUUGCAGCCUAGUCCUGUUAGGAACCCUAGCUCUCACUCAGGCAAAGAAGUCAAACGAAGAUUUGAAAGAAGUAACUCAUAAAGUUUACUUUGAUGUUGAGAUUGCUGGAAAACCAGCUGGACGUAUUGUGAUGGGGCUCUUCGGGAAAGCAGUUCCUAAAACAGCAGAAAAUUUCAGAGCACUAUGCACAGGGGAGAAAGGUGUUGGAAAGAGUGGGAAACCUCUUCAUUACAAGGGUAGCACCUUCCAUAGAAUCAUUCCCAGCUUUAUGCUUCAAGGCGGUGAUUUUACCCAUGGUGAUGGAAGAGGUGGGGAAUCUAUCUAUGGAGAAAAGUUUGCUGAUGAGAAUUUCAAGCUCAAGCAUACUGGACCAGGGCUUCUGUCAAUGGCGAACGCUGGCCUCGACACCAAUGGUUCUCAGUUCUUCAUCACAACUGUGACAACCAGCUGGUUGGAUGGCCGCCAUGUUGUCUUUGGGAAGGUGCUAUCCGGAAUGGACGUCGUUUACAAGAUUGAAGCUGAAGGAAACCAGAGCGGAACACCCAAAACCAAAGUCGUGGUUGCAGACAGUGGUGAACUUCCUUUAUGAACCCUUCCAGAGAGUUCUACUUUACACCAGCUUAUGUAUUUACCAAACUGGUUUGGUUUUCCCUUUCCAGUCCUUGCGUUGCGAUAGCUUAUGAACCAAUAAACCCCUUAAUGUAUUUGACAUUUAGAACUUAAAAUGUGGUGGCAGAUGGAACUACCUGUAUCAAUGAUGGAGUGCAUUUUAAUACUGAGACUCACUGAUAAUCUAAGCGUCACAAUAAUUAUAUUCCUAAAUUAUAUAUCAAUUAUAUUGCUCUUGCUCUA